AUGUCGAGCUCAAAAACAAAGAAACUCACCGAUCAAGAAAUAACGGCUCAGUUUAACACUAUGAAAACAGAGCUACAGAAUAUAGCUCAAAAGAUCGGAGAGUUAGAAUCUGAAGCUGACGAACAUAAGGCAGUCAUAGAUACAUUAUCUCCUUUGAAUGGUGAUCGGAAGUGUUUUCGUUUGGUCAACGGAGUAUUGCUUGAACGCACUGUAAAAGACGUGUUACCUGCUUUGCAAACGAAUCAUGAUGGGGUAAAGAAUAUAAUGAAUAAUCUUGUUCAUUCCUACAAAACCAAAGAGGAAGAAUUCAUCGCAUUUCAAAAAGAACAUAACAUUAAAGUAAUUUCGAGAUCAUAA